UGCAAUUCUUCACUUUGCAGUUUACAGUGAUUCCUUGGCUUUCAUGGACGAAGUUAUGACAAUGGCUGAUGUCAGAGCAAGCACGCGCUCAACGUCGUCGUUUUACCUUCCGUCCAACACUCCUCUUCUCUCAGCCUUCCUCGCCUUUGCUCUCGCCCAGUUUCUCAAGAUCUUCACAACCUGGUAUAAGGAAAGGAGAUGGGAUUCUAAAAGGAUGCUAGAUUCUGGGGGAAUGCCUUCAUCACAUUCUGCAACAGUGUCAGCUCUAGCGGUGGCUAUAGGUCUUCAUGAAGGAACAGGGUCAUCUGCUUUUGCUAUUGCUGUCGUCUUGUCAUGUAUUGUAAUGUAUGAUGCCUCAGGAAUUAGACUUCAUGCAGGGCGGCAGGCAGAAUUGCUGAAUCAAAUUGUGUGUGAGCUACCUCCAGAACAUCCUUUGUCCAAUAUCAGACCUCUACGAGAUUCACUUGGUCAUACUCCACUUCAGGUUGUUGCUGGUGGCUUAUUAGGAUGCGCUAUAGCGUUGUUGAUGAGGAACCCCAUUUAGGAUACCAUGCGAUGUGGCUCUUACUUAUUCUUUUACCUUGUCACAAAUGUCACUGCAUGACCAAAAUGGUAUCGUCAUGGCAACGGCAUAAAAACAUGCUGUUGUUGCAAUCUUGUAAAGAGUAAAGUGGUUUGAGGGUUCAGCUUGGCGCUGGUUGAUUCUUUGUCCUGAUUUUUGGACAUUCCAACUUCUAUUGUACACAUUCAUUGAUAUGUCUGUUAAGUGUUUGCUAUAGCUUAAUUGAUUAUUGAACAUAAUGUAAUAUAGCUAUGGUCUGUCCAUUUUCUAAUUGAAAGGUGUCUUGGAGUUUUUUUUUUAAUAUGUUGAAGUCUUUGUAAUAUCUGAAAGCUGGUUGGUUAAGACAGUGAACGAAGUUCAGUGUUUCUUUCUCUGGUGAAGCUCAAA